CCUCACAGAAAUACACGCACUGUCUGCUGGGGACCUUCACCGGUAGCAAAGCAGUCAGGUAUCUGUGAGCCACCAGCUGGAGUCUCAGGAGUUUCAUCCACUUUGAAUGUCGCGAGCCUGUGCAGGCCCGCUGCUCACUUUACUGCUGACAGAGGUUUUACCAGGCAAGUGUUGGAUAGUCAUCAGAAGAGAAGAUACUACAGCUUUGUAACCCUUGUUUCAUGAAGAUGUUUCCUUGGUCCGCUGUUUUCUCCCUUGAGCCUAAAGUGCCCGGCCAGCGAACAACUGAGGAGCUGGUAACCAACACCCUGAUGUUGGAGCUUGGGGCCAUGGUGAAGCGCACUGAACGCAUCCGUUUGGAGAGGGCGACGGAGGGUCGUCGCCGCCGUCGCAGCUCUUCCUCUACAGCAGACUACAGCUGGCUGGCAACCACCCCGACCCCACAGCCCUAUGAGCUCACUCCCAAUGACCUGCUGGAGCUGCAAGACCUCUGUGCCAAAAUCCCUCCUGCACAGUGUGGGCCUGUGAUUGUCAGGUUCAGGAGGCUGGUGUCACAGAUGGAGCCCGAGGUUCACGAGGUUCCUCGGCUCUUUCGCUCAGUGCUGCGUGACUGUGUGGAUGAGGCGAACGGAAACGAUGAGGUUCCGACCCAGGAAGUGGUGUUUGAGAAGCAGCAGCGCAGCAAAAGCCUCUCCUUUGUCACUUUCCGCACAAAAUUCCGCACGGGGUAUUUCCCAAAGGGCAGCAACUUGAGAGGCUCCAGGGGGAACCUGCAGCAGCAAGUGGAAUGGUCUGAUGAGGAGGAGGAUGGAGAAGGGGAGGAGGAGGAAGCAAUCAAAGCCAGGGCGAGGAAGGGAAGGAGUAAGAGCAUGCCAGAGAUCACCCCUAUAGAGCAGAGUGCUCAUGGGUGAGAGAAGUGAGGGGAGUCAGGGGAGAAAUAAAGCAGAGGGACAUGUGCAAGGGAGGGGAGGAGAAACUAGGAGAGUCACAGAGAAGACUAGGUGAGCCCAGAUUGUACAAGACAAGCAUUAAUGAGGAAGAAAGGGAGAAGUGGAAGUAGCUGCCAUUAAAAAAUGGGUCAAAUAAAAAUCUGGAAAACUUAAAAAAAUUAUUUUCUUCCUUAUUUCAAAAGAUGAAGAAAAAAAUUCAAGAGAAAGGACUUAAGUAGAUUUGCUCACUGGCAGCUUUAGGUAAAUCUAAAAGAAUUAUGGUUCUGGCUUUAAGAUGUCAGCAGCCUUUUGUGGUCCUGGUGGGUAAAUUAGAAACUGCUGAUACUGUUUUACCUACAUAAGACCAAAAAUACUAAAGGGAAUAAAUAGCUGUUCCAAAUCUGACACGACCUGUUAUGCUCAUUUCCAUAUUUCAAGUACCCUUUCCUGAUUUCCAUUUCAAAAUAAUCCUGCUUUGUCUCAUUCUGGGCCUGGAACCAGUUUUUAUGUUAGCUCAUCUCCCUUUAAAACCACUUUUGUCUGGUAACAGAUGGGUGAGGUUUCUGUAUCUGAAGUGGUAAAUACAGAUCCUCCUUCUUUUAACGGGACCCUUGCCACAGCAGAUCAUCUGCCUCCAUCUCAUCCUAUCCCUACCAUGCUCCUCUGUCACAGUAACGCUCUGCAUGCCCUUCUUCAUGACCACAGAGACCAUCUCUGUGGUCUUCCUCUCUUCCUCCUACCUGGCAGCUCCAUCUUCAACACCUUUUUGAUAUAUCCACUAUCACUCCCUUGACUACCACCUCUACCCUUCCUUCUCUUCCUGAUGAAACCUUCCCAUUUAUCUGGACUUGGGACUGGCAUUAGGAGUACACUGGGUUGUACACCACCACAAGCUGGGUUGACACGAAACAGACUAAAGAAUAUGGAAGUGGAAAAAAGAACAUUUAAAGCAGUCUGAAUCCUGAAUUGCUGGCUACCAACUUAAUAUUUUGAAACUCAGACCAUGUCUGAGCAUCAACCAGUAUAACUGUACUGUACAAGAAACCUAAGAAAAUAAGGAUAUGUCCAUGACAGCCUAUUUAGUAUGUUGAGUUAAACUUUGCUCAAGCUUAUGGCAUCUAUAAACUCAAACCCAUACUGUAAGGGCUCUCUGAUGAAUCAUAAACACAUCACAUGAACUAAAACUUGUUACAUAACAGACAGGACAGCUUUCUUCUGCAGACUCAGCAGCCACAGUUUGGCUCCAGAUCACCAGCUCAGUUAACAGAUGCUCUCCCGUCAAGUAAAGCAGAAAAUAAUUAGACUCACGUAUGAUUUUACUGUAAUACAACAUGUACUUAAGGUAAUAAAUAACCAAUUUUCUGAUCUUGUCUGUGCAAUUAAAACACUUCUUUUACACAAAAAUGUCUUCUUUUGUUUUAAAUAGAUGUUUAGCUAACAUUUGAGGCUAAUGUUUAAAUGCAUAUCUGUCUGCAUUGUUAUAAAUGAAAAUAAAGAAUAAAAGGCCAAA